AUGACUAUGGACAAAAAGGGAGAUCUCGAGUGGAUGCCACUCCAGUUUGAGCCAGUCCACUGGGGCAGGCGUCAGCGGAGUCUUGCCUACUCCGUGACUCUAACGCUUGUCGCUCUAUUUUUAACAUUUACUCUACGCCCCGAAGCGUUCCCCUCCUUUCUAGCGAGAAACAGCCUUCAGAAAUCCCCCUUGGAGCAGGUGCUGACCCGAGUGCCCCUGACAGAUGGACAUAAUGACUUUGCGAUUUGGACUCGUGCUUUCUACCAAAAUCAUAUUUACCAAGCCAAUUUUACCGACCAUAAUGAGCUCUACGGACAGGUUGAUUUUCCUCGACUGCGGAAAGGCAGAUUGGGAGCGCAGUUUUGGAGUGUCUACGUCGAGUGUGCACGCAAUCCCAAUGAGCCUGGAGCUCAGUAUGAAAUUGUGCGGGACACCUUCCAGCAGAUUGACCUCGUGCACAGGAUGAUCGACCACUUUCCGGACUUUCUCGUCCCGGCAUCCUCGGUCGCCGACGUACACCACAACUUCUACCACUCCCCAGAGCGCAUCUCCAGUCUUCUGGGCAUUGAGGGCUUACAUCAGAUUGGCGGCAGCGCUAGUGUCCUGCGCAUGUACCACGAGCUCGGGGUGCGGUAUGCUUCCCUCACGCAUACCUGUCACAAUGAAUAUGCCGACAGUGAAGCUCCGGCGGAGCCCCGGCAUGACGGACUUUCUGCCGCCGGAGAGGCGAUCGUUGCGGAGAUGAAUCGAGUGGGAAUGGCCGUCGAUCUCUCCCACACGAGUCUGGCGACUCAACGCGCCGUUUUCAACGUGUCUCGGGCUCCGGUCAUGUAUUCACACUCUUCGGCGUACGCCCUCUGCCCACACUCUCGGAACGUGCCUGAUGAUCUUCUCCAAAUGCUCAAGGAGAACGAUGGAAUUGUCAUGAUCAGUCUUUACCCCGAGUAUACUAACUGCCACGAUGCAGACGCUGCCUCUCUCGCAGAUGUGGCCGAUCACAUCCAGUAUGUCGGCAACCUGAUCGGCUACCGCCACGUCGGAUUGGGGAGCGACUUUGACGGAAUGCCGCACGGGCCCAAGGGACUGGAUGAUGUGUCCAAGUAUCCGGAUCUCAUUCAGGAGUUGCUGGACCGGGGGGUCAGCGUCGAUGAUUUGGUCGGGGUAACGGGUGGUAACGUGCUCCGCGUCUUGGGCGUUGUUGAACAUGUCGCUAGGAGCCUGGCAGACAAGUUGCCGUUGGAGGAUGAUGUCAAACCCUUCUUUGAGUAG